GUAACACUUCUUGGGCAAUCUUUUUUCUAUAUAUAGUUCUUCACAAGGGCGAGUGCUACAUCAGGAAUUAGGCAACAAAGAUAUAUUCAAUCAUAGCCAUGAACAUGGAAAGUGACUUCCACAUGGCCAAAGGGGAAGGAGAGACUAGCUACGUCAAUAACUCAAGGAUUCAGCAAAAAGCUUUGCUUGAGACUGAGGUGGUACUUGAGAAGGCUGUGAGAGAAGUACUGUGCAUGGAUCUCCACCAGCCAGCAAUGACUGCUGUUGAUUUAGGUUGCUCUUCUGGUCAGAACACACUCUUCUUCGUCUCCAAGGUGAUCAAAGUGGCAGGCCAUGAUAGUGACGAAAAAUCAAGGUGCAACCCCGUGGAGCUCCAAUUCUUUCUCAAUGAUCUACCAGGAAACAACUUCAACCAUGUCUUCCGUUCACUCGAACGGUUCAAAGAGUCCAUAACAGCAAGACAUAAAGGAAAUACACUGCUACCACCUUUCUAUAUCGCUGGGUUACCAGGCUCCUACUACACUAGGCUUUUCCCUCGCCAGAGUUGUCACCUCUUUCACUCGUCAUUUUGCCUCCAUUGGCGCUCCCGGGUUCCUGCUGGAUUAGAGGAAGGAGGAAGAGAAUACCUAAAUGAGGGAAACAUUUACAUUGCUAACACUACGCCAGCAGGUGUUGCGGAAUUGUACCGACGGCAAUUUCAGAAUGACAUGUUAUUGUUCCUCAAGUUGCGGUAUGAAGAGCUAGUGUUUGGUGGGCAAAUGGUGCUGACGUUCCUUGGGAGGAAAUAUGAGGACAUAUACAACGACGGACAUCUGAACCAUCCAUGGGGAUUACUUGCACGAUCUCUGCAAUCUCUUGUCGAAGAAGGUCUGGUGAACAAAGAAAAGCUCGACUCCUUCAAUCUCCCCAUUUACACGCCAUCGAUCAAUGAAGUGAAGGCAGUAAUCGGGCAAAGCGAGUUGUUCAAUGUAAGCCACAUCACAUUGUUCGACUCCAACUGGGAUCCUCAUGAUGACUCACAAGGGGAUGAUGCACACAAUACCAUUCAGAGCGCGAUUAACAUUGCAAAGAGCUUGAGGGCGGUGUUCGGACCCCUACUUGCAAGCCAUUUCGGUGAAUCCUUGCUCAAUGAGAUAUUCAAGAAAUGUGCAUACUAUGUCACGGAGCACCUUGCUGAGAGGGGAGAAGGCAAGUAUCUUCUCAUCUGUUUGUCCCUAAAAAGAACAUAGCAGUAUACUAGCAUGCAUGCAUGAUCUCGCAUAAUCGAAGGUCAUGCGCUUUGCCACUGACCGGGUAUAUUACACACAAACAUUUAAUUUUCUUUUCUUCGGUACACACUUUUCAUUCAAUAAAAUUAUGAAUUAUGUAAUUCGCCUACUGUUUUAGUUUAAAAAACAAAAAUGCCAUGCCCCUUUGUCUUCUUUAUUAAUGAUGUACAUGAUUUGUGUUGUUGUACUUACGAUUGUUACAAUAUAGUACUCGUUAUAUCACAUGCCAUUUGUAUUUUACUAUA